CCGCAGAAUCGGUUCCUGGGGGACUUUCUGCACUCAUGGCUUCUCCUAGCAAGGCAGUUCUUGUUCCCGGGAACGGAGGCGGGGAUGUGGCCACCCACGGCUGGUAUGGUUGGGUGAAGAAGGAGCUGGAGCAGAUACCAGGUUUCCAGUGUCUGGCUAAAAACAUGCCUGACCCAAUUACAGCUCGAGAGAGUAUCUGGCUGCCCUUCAUGGAGACAGAGCUGCAGUGUGAUGAGAAGACCAUCAUCAUAGGCCACAGUUCUGGGGCCAUCGCGGCCAUGAGGUACGCAGAAACACAUCGACUAUAUGCUAUUGUAUUAGUGUCUGCAUACACAUCAGACUUGGGGGAUGAAAAUGAGCGUGCAAGUGGAUACUUCAACCGCCCCUGGCAGUGGGAGAAGAUCAAAGCCAACUGCCCUCGCAUCGUGCAGUUUGGCUCCACUGACGAUCCUUUCCUUCCCUGGAAGGAACAACAAGAAGUGGCCGAUAGGUUGGAAGCCAAAUUGUACAGAUUCACCGACCGUGGCCACUUUCAGAACACAGAGUUUCACGAACUGAUUAGUGUGGUCAAGUCUAUGCUGAAAGUACCAGCAUAGACAGGAUGAUUUCUGCUAUUGUACAUCCCAAUAUAGGGGUAGAGCAAUAAUAUCUAUUAUCAUAUCAUUACUGGGCACAUAAAGCAGAUCAAGUUAAGUUCCAAAACUGCCUAAAAAAGAAACACAAGUUUUGAAAAACUAAGUUCCAAAGAGCAUUUCCAUUUUCUAUAGAAUCUACAUUUCCCCACAUUGCUAUAAACUACAGCAGUUAAAGCAGAUUUCCGCCAUUUGAUAAGGGACAUAAGGACAGCUUAACCACCCUUAUCUAUCCAAAAUGAGUCAGAAAUGGAACCCAGGUUUCCUGAUUCCCCGUCCAGAUUAAAACUAAAUAGGUUUCAUGUAUGUUGUAGGAGUUGUACUCCUAUCUGAUGUAAAACUUUUCUAUUUUAUUGGGGAAAGAAAACAUGACUAAAGGUCCAGAGUGUUGGCUUAGAGCUCAAAACACUAGCUGCUAUUUCAGGCUGGCCCAAGAUACUAAACCCAGACUAGGGCCUUCACCUUUGACACCCUGCCCCCGAGUCCUUCAAACAUGUUGAGAGAGAAUGAUAUAUAAGGAUGCUAUGAGGCAGGGGUUUGCAAGGCUCAGGCAGGGAAUAUAAGCUUAGCCUAUAUACAUAAUGUGAGCACAGCCGACUAGAUUUGUAUCAGUCAAGAGUGGUGAGGAUUAGGGCAAUGUAGAGAACUCACACCCUAUCUAAAUUGUUGCUAUGUGGGAAGGUGGCAAGGUGUUGCUAAUUGUCUGAUUUCAAGGAAAAAACUUCAUACAGUGGUUUUUAUAUCCAGGGAAUAUAUAUGUAUGUAUAUACAAUUCAUAUGUACAUGAAUUAAGUCCAAUCCCUAUACAUAUGGAUCAUGUUAGUUGGCAACUACAGUGUAAAUCAGAAAUUUACAAAUACUGCAAGACACACAAAGUCCAAGUCACCCAUCUGUGACCUCUGCCAUAAGUAUUAACUUAGCCAAGUGGUUUAAAUGAUUCUCUAUAGGGCUGGCCCCGCGGCUUAGCGGUUAAGUGCGCACGCUCUGCUGCUGGCGGCCCGGGUUCGGAUCCCGGGCGCGCACCGACGCACCACUUCUCUGGCCAUGCUGAGGCCACGUCCCACAUACAGCAACUAGAAGGAUGUGGAACUAUGACAUACAACUAUCUACUGGGGCUUUCGGGGGAAAAAUAAGUAAAUAAAGUUUAAAAAAAAAAAUGUUAAAAAAUUAAAAAAAAAAAUAAAAAUAAAUGAUUCUCUAUAAAGCCUGAGAAAAGCCUAAGGAAUGAACACAAUGUCCAAGGAUGAAAUCAUGGGAACAAUUUGGAUUUUGUUACAAAGUCUUAAAUAUUUUUAAAAAUAAUCUUUCCAUACUUCAAAUUUUGUCCUGUAAAAAGUUCUACCUUUUAACUUCCUUUAUAGAUCUCUUUCAACAUCAUUCCAUGAUUUUUCUUCUGAUCAUGUUCCCUCAAGAAAACCCCUUUCUCAUUUCCCAACAUUUUUUGGCUAUUAUGACCCCUAAGUAUUGCCUCAAACAAUUUCCAGUGAACUCACACCUGAUGUUGCAGAACCUGACGUUUGCUGCAGUAAUGUGAAUUCCUACACUGUUUGUGCCUAAAAGGGAUUCAAAGACAUCAUUUUAACCUGAAAAGUCUUUUGGUUUCUAAACAUGUUCAAAGAAACAAGUCAGAAAAGAUUCUCUAAACUUUUAACAGCAGUUAUCUUUGGGGAAUGGGAACUUUGGUAGAUAGGUGUGGUGGACAUCCCCUCUUCACUCUAUACACCUGGGGGUUAUUUGAAUAUGUUACGUGUAUUACAUGUACAUGAACAUGUAUUACUUUUAUAAUUAAAAAUAAGAUUUAAAAGAACUUAUUUGGGGGCAGCCCCGUGGUGUAGUGGUUAAGUCUGGCGUGCUCCGCUUGCGUGGCCCAGGUUCAAGGGUUUGGUUCCCAGGUGCAGACCUACACGACUCAUCAGUUGCCAUGCUGUGGCAGUAACCCACAUACAAAAUAGAGGAAGACUGGCACAGAUGUUAGCUCAGGGCUAAUCUUCCUCACCAAAAAUAAAGAAAGAAAGAAAGAAAGAAAACAAUUAUUUGACAAGUGAAAAGCAAAUUAGAUAAAUCAUUUGAAUAAUAAUUUUCUUAAUGGGGCUGUUUAGCAUUGAUUUGACCAAGCCUAUAAUCAAAGUUUGAUUCUAUUUGAAUUACUUGGAAUUAGUAAUUGCUCUACUUACUCUCUGCCUUGUUUUCUGAAGUCCUUUCUUAAAAAAUCAAACUUAUACAAAUAACAGUUUAUAAUACUUUGUUGUUCUCAUCCUCCAUAGAAAAAAGUCAAAUACAUACAAUUGGAAAAUAAUUAAUUCUAAUAUUCUCUAUUCCUAUAAAAAUAAUUAAUAUAGACUUAUAUGACUGUCGAGUUGUGCUGCCCAAUAUGGUAGCCCAUAACCAUAAGUAGCUAUAAAAGUAAAAUUCAGUUCUUCAUUCACACUAGCCAUUUCAUUUUUCUUUUUUUUUGUGAGGAAGAUCAGCCCUGAACUAACAUCCAUGCCAAUCCUCCUUUUUUUUGGCUGAGGAAGACUGGCCCUGAGCUAACAUCUGUGCCCAUCUUCCUCCACUUCAUGUGGGACGCCACCACAGCACGGCCUGACAAGAGGUGCAUCGGUGCGCACUCGGGAUCUGAACCCGGGCUUCCAGCAGUGAAGCGCGCGCACUUAACUGCUACGCCACAGGGCCGGCCCCACACACUAGCCACAUUUCAAGUGCUCGGCAGCCAAGGGUGACUAGUGGCUACCUUACUGUACAGCAGAUAUAGAAUAUUUCCAUCAUGAUAGAAAGUUCUAUUGGACAGCACUGGUUUAGGGCCUGUAUUUUAUAUUCUUCCCUCACCUACCAUCUACCAAUGAAUAAUAGUCCAAAGUACAAGUGACUCAACUUGAAAUUACUGACUAGUGUGCUUAGUUGAGCACCAUAGAAAUCAUGGCUCCAUCAAAUUUACUCAUUACCAAACUAAGAUCAGAGGAGUUUCAUAGAAGAAUCCCACAUAAACUAUUCAUUUAAACCGUCAAAUCAAGGACGCUCAUGAUUCUUUGUUUGAUUCUCUAUGGGUCAUUAUUAAGCAUAGAGGGUCCUUGACAGACUCCAGGGAAUAUCUGUUCUCAGAUGAGCAAAAUAUCUUAUACUAAAUGGAAAUCAACGGUAAGCACUAGGACUUCACUCACAAUUUGAUUUUUGGUGGUGUCAUGCAUCUAGAGCCCCACCAUUUGUUUUGGUCAAAGUUUACUUCUGUAGGGUGAACAUCCAUUUAACUACCAUCAGAGGGGCUCUCUUUUUAAAUUACUGUCUCUUUUCUCCCUCACUUAAUAUUCAUAAUGAAAACUAUGCUAUGGGAAAAAAGCUUAAAGGGUUUCUUUAUUCUGGUGAGGCAAGGAAAACUUUUAUGUUUGAGCCAUUGAUUAUAAGCUUGUUCAAUCUCUGGCUAUCAAGACAUAAUGCAAAGUCUGUAUUUAAAACAUAAACUGGUUCCUUCUCCCGACUUCUAACUCUCCUCCAAGUUCAGUUUUCUCAUUAAAUAAUAAGAGCACCUCUGUGACAGGCCAGGUCCCAGGAAGGACAGAUAAUGUUCUUACCAUUCCAGCUCUCACUGCGGGUGGAAGAGAAACCCUGUGUAGUUUCGGGCUCCCAGAUUCUUCUGCCUCUUAUAUAUAUAUAUCCAAUACUUGAAAUGAUCUGUUUCAAAGUGCUGGUGUCAUCAAAUGCUAAUUCUAUAGAGCUGGCCUCAGAAUUUAUCUGGUUCUUAAUUGGUUACCUGGCUGAAUUCUGUUUUACUGAUCCCAUUUAUCUCAAUAACCCUUCUGUCGGUUGUCCACUUAGAGUAUCUCCAAACUGGUGUUUGAAAUCAGGCCUCGGUAGUAGCUGACCUUGAAUUUCUUUCCCUUGGUCCCAUGCUUUUGGCCUGGACACAUCAACUCUUAAGUGCUACAUAGUGAAAAUACAACAGCUGAGAUCCUAAAAAGCCCUACAUCUAACUUCUGUGCAACUACAUCAAAUAACCUGGUGUUUUCUAUAUGGCUAAAGAUUCAGACUGAAAGUGCUAUUAGAACUGAGGACAAUUAAAAUGGUUUUCUGCUUAGUUUAGACCUAUUACACCAUGAUUUUUAGAACAGAAUAAGGAAACAAAUCUAAAAC